AUGUUGGAGGCGUCGCUGAGCCGGAACUUCUCCCACAGCACCUUCGUGUUCAGAGGUUUCCCCGAGCUGCAGAAACAGCGGCGGCUGCUGGCGCUGCCGUUCUCCGCCUCCUACCUGUCGGCGCUGCUGGGAAACUCGCUGCUGGUGUACGUGAUCCGCAGCGUGGAGAGUCUGCACAGCCCCAUGUACCUCCUCAUCUGCACGCUCUGCGUCGUCGACGUCCUCGUGGUGACCACCAUCGUCCCCAACAUGCUCCUCGGCCUCCUGUUCGACAGGGAUGAAAUCUCAUUGGCCGGCUGCUUGACUCAGAUGUUCUUCACUCACUUCCUGUCCUCACUGGAGUCAACGCUGCUGCUGGCAAUGGCGCUGGACCGCUACGUGGCCAUCUGCCAGCCGCUGCGCUACGCCAAAAUCAUCGACUCGUCCAUGUUCGCGAAGCUCCUGCUGUUCGCUCUGGUCCGCAGCGGCUCCAUCAUGGCGACGCUGGUCGGUUUGGCGGGUUCGCUGCGGUUCUGCGGCUCCAACACGAUCCAGCACUGCUACUGUGACCACAUGGCGCUGGUCAGCCUGGCGUGCGACAGCACGGAGAGGAACAGCGCUAUAGGCCUCGCUGUGAUCGUCUGCUUCGUCGGCGUGGACAUUCCGCUCAUCUUCUUCUCCUACAUGAAGAUCCUGAGCGUGGUCUCGCGAGCGGCGGUGGCCAGCGAGGACCGCUGGAAGGCCUUCCACACCUGCGGCACUCACCUGAUCGUCAUGAUGUGUUUCUACCUGGUGGGCAGCGUCACGUUCCUCUCUCACAACCUGAACAUCCCCAUAGCGACGGACAUCAACACCUUCCUGGGACUGAUGUACAUUCUGUUCCCGGCGACCGUCAACCCCAUCAUCUACGGCGUUCGCACCAAAGAAAUUCGAAACGGCUUUUUGAGGAUUUUUAAACUAAAGACGGUGACGGUGAAAGUUUCUCCUGCUGGAAAAGAACAAAGGUGA